AUGGUGCAGCUCGUAACCCUCGGUGCGUCCAAAGCGCAGCGGCUCUCAACCUGCGCGGCACCAGCACUUGUGUCUGCGGAGCACUUCGUCCUAUGUAGUCAUCUCGGCGUUGACCGCAUACACCCCUCCCCCUACCCCGGGGCCACGUUGCAACGGGAAGCGGGUCACGACCCACUUCGUCGGGAUCAAUACUCGGUCAUCGACUCCGCCCCGCUCACCACCCGUUCUAAGCAC